UGCCAUUGCUUUCCUAACCGCUGCUCAGCAAUAGAAAAUAUAUCGACAGAAGAAAGGCUGGUAUAAAGACCGCCAUCUUUUCAAGCACCCACAAGACUUUCUAGGGAAGAAGCCUCUCUUUCUUUCUUUCGUUCUUUCUUUUGUUUUCACUUUCUUUUCUUCUUCCCAUCCUGAUCUUCUUCCCGUCCUGAUCUGGAGCAAUGGCGACGGAAGAAGAAGCAAGGGAAGCAACAGAUGGCCAGGAAGUUCAAGUGGAAGCUGCGACUGAUUUGCAAGCACAACUUGACAGCAAGCUUUCUUCUAUUAAAGAGAUCAAGGGCGAGGCACAAACCAUGGGUUCAACUGAAGGAAUAUUGAAGAUUCCAGAGGACGAAGUUUUAGUAGAAGCACCCUCUGAAACCAAAAUUCCUUCAGAACAUAGUUUAAAUGGCACGGCGUCUUCUUUGAAUGGUCAUGUGAAUAAAGAAGAGAAUAUUUCAAAUGAGCAGCCCCAUGAAAUUAAUCAGGAAAGUCAAGAGCAGGUAGAAACUUCAUCUGAUGGAACAAGUACUUACCCGAGCAAUAAAAGCAAUGAAGAAGAGAUGACUGAUUCUCUUAGCCAUGGAGAGAGUGCAUCAGAAGAUACCACCAUUCUCAAAUGUGAGAAUGCAGAGGCCAAGGAUCAUGGCCAACAAGAUGUUGAAGGUCAUGUAACGAAUGACACCAUGGUGCAGGAAGAAAUUUGUAAAACUGAUGAUGCUAUUGAGCAAACAGUUGAUGCUCAAGAUCUGGAUUCAUCAAAAGAAAGCAAGGAAGCACAACCUGCAAUCAUGACAGAUAUUCCUGCCGAUGAGGUUCUAGCUGAAGCGCCGGCUGGAAUCCAGUCUCCUCUGGAGCCUAAUGUGGGUGACUCUGACACCGUUCCAGGAAACAAAGAAACAGAUGAUCCGGCUAAAGAAGAUGAUACUGCUUAUCUUGACCACAAAGAGAGCUUUCCAGAAGAUAAAGUUAUUGCAGAACAUGCAGAUGAAGAAGUCAAAGCAGAAGAUCAACAGAGUAAGCAAGCCGAUGACAUGGAUGCAGAGGUGUUACAGGAAGAGAUACCUGAAAGCAAAGAAUCUGAUUUGCCUGAAACUGAACAAGCCGAGGAGGCGUCAGUUGAUGAUCAAGAAGCUCUGAAUCAACAACCAGCUUUAGAAACCAAUGAUAGUUUGUCUGUAAAAGCUGAAGAAACUUGCCAUCAGAGCAAUGUGGCCACUUGUGGGGAGAAAACUCCAGAAGAUGAUGCGACUACAAGAGAGCCAACUGUUGAUACCAAAGAAGAGCAAAACCAGGGAUCAGUAGAAGAAAUGAAAGAUGCUGAAGCAGUUGAUACUGAAGAAACAGUGCAACAAAGCAGUGUUGCUUUUGAUGAGGCAAUUCAAGAUCAUGCAGCAACUACAAAUCCCAGUUCUGAUAUACAGAGCAUUGAACCAGAAGAAACCAAGGGCCCUAGUGAUGUCAAAGCCGAAGAAGUUUCCAGUCAGAGCAAUGUGGCUUUUGCUGAAGAUGCAGUUCAAGAUAAGGUAAUACCAAGUGAGCCACCAGAAGAUAUACGACCAGUGAAGAAGUUGGAACAAGAAGAAACUAAGGAAGCUGAUGAAGCUUCCAACGAAACGAACUCUGCUAUCUUCAGCGACUUAAAUCAAGAAGAUAGUAUCGUGGCAAGUAAACAACUUGAGACAGAACUAGCAGAAGAGGCUGCUGCCUUUAGUAACUUAGAUCAAGAAGGUGGUAUAGCAGACAGUGAAUCACAAGUGGCAGACCUAGAAGAGGCAAAGGAAAUUGAAGCCACUGAAACUGAAGAAAUCACCCACCAACCCCCUGCUGCUGUUUCCACAGAACUGCCAAAAGAAGAUAAUUCAACAAGAAGUGAGCCACAUAAUGAUGAUAUUCAGCAUUCGCUGGAACAAGAUUCAAUUGAAGUGAAGGAUACUGAAGCUGCUGAGAUUCAAGAGAUCUCCCAAGAAAGAACUAUUGCUACUUCUAAGGAGGAUGCUGUGGAAGAUGAUGGUACAGCAGAAGGACCAACCUGUGUUUCUCAAGAAGUACAAGAUGUAGAAUCAGAAGAAGUCAAGGACACCGAACCUGAUAAUGUUGUAGAAGCAUCCGAUGUGGUAACUGUCGAUGACGAAGGACAAGAAAACAAUGUGCUGACAAGUGAGAAUAUUGCGGAAUUGCAACUGCAGGGUCUUGAAUCAGAAGAAAUCAAGAGCCCUGAACCUAUUGAAACAGAGGCAGGUUUCCAUACAAGCCAUGCUGCUCCCUCUAAUGAUCCAGUUGAAGUGAAUACAACAGCAUGUGAGACACAGGACACGGAGUCAGCAGAAGAAAUAAAGGAAACCGAAGGCACUAAAACUGAAUCAAUUCCCCAGGAAAGCAACAUUUCUGUUUCUGAGGAAUCUAAUCCAGAAGAUAGUAUAACAGCAAGUGAAACAAUUUCCAACACUCAAGAACUAACUAUUGCAGGAUCAAUAGAGGCCAGUGAGGACAACAUAGAUACAAAAACUGGAGAAAUCACUGAUCAAAGUAAUGAGGUUUUUGCUGGGGAGGCAGCUCAAGGAGAUAACAUACCUGAAAGUGUGUCAACUGCUGAUACACAAUCAAUGCAGGAGCUGGAAUCAGAAGAAAUGAAGAAACCUGAACUUGUUGAUUUGAGUGGAACAUUUCAUCAAAAGGAUGAUGCCAUCUCUCAGAAGCAAAACCAAGAAGAUAAUCCAACCACAUGUGAGACGAAUGAGAUUGGAUCAACCGAAGUGAGCAGUGUUGAAGCCUCUGAAGAUCAAGCAAUUGCCCACCAAAGUAAUAUUACUCAAUGUGAGGAGCAAGCAACAGAAGAAAGUAUUACAGAAAGUGAACCACAAAUCUUAGAAAUUGAAUCAGUCCAGGAUAUGGAAGACACUGAAGCUACUGAACCUGAACUCGUUUCAGAGCAAAACAUUGUUUCUACUUCUGAGGAGUCUGUUCCAGAAGAAAAUGCUACAACAGAAGAACCUGCUUUUCAUGACAGAGAAAUACAAAAUGAUGGAGCAGAAUUAACAGAGCAACAUGAUAGUGUGAAGGCCGAAGAAUUACCCAACCAAAGCAGUGGGGCUAUUGUUGAGGAGACAGCUCAAGAAGCCGAUUUAGUAGCAGGUGAGCCAAUCGAUGAUGUGCAAGAAAAGGAUCUUGAACCAGAAGAAAUAAGUAACACUGUAGAUGGUGAAACAGGAGAAGCUUCCCAUCAAACACAUGCUGCUGUUGAAGAUAAUUGGACAGGUGAGGUAGAGAGCAGUGUUGAAGCCUCUGAAGAUCAAGCAAUUGCCCACCAAAGUAAUAUUACUCAAUGUGAGGAGCAAGCAACAGAGGAAAGUCUAACAGAAAGUGAACCACAAAUUUUGGAAAUGGAAUCAGUCCAGGAUAUUAAAGACACUGAAGCUACUGAAUCUGAAACCAUUUUCCAGAAAAACAUUGUUCCUACUUCCGAGGAGUCUGUCCCAGAAGAAAAUGCUACAGCAAAAGAACCUGCUUUUGAUGACAGAGAAAUACAAAAUGAUGGAGCAGAAUUAACAAAGGAACAUGAUGGUGUGAAGGACGAAGAAAUACCUGAUCAAAGCAGUGGGGCUAUUGUUGAGGAGACAGCUCAAGAAGCCAAUUUACUAGCAAGUGAGCCAACUGAUGAUGUGCAAGUAAAGGAGCUUGAACCAGAAGAAAUAAGUAACACUGUGGAUGGUGAAACAGAAGAAGCUUCCUGUCAAACACACGAGGUAGAGAUGACAGAAUCAUCAGAACAGAUGAAGGACACUGAACCUCCUGUACCUGAACCAGAAUCAUCAGAAGAGAUGAGGGACACUGCACCAACUGUACCUGAACCAACACUCCAAGAUAGCAGAGUUGCUAGUGUAGAGGAAAUAGAAACACACAAUAAUGCAACAAUUGAACAAAAUGUUGGUUACCAGCAACUUCAGGAACAAGAAUCAGUUGAAUUCAAGGAAACUGAAGUUCUUGAACCUCAAGGAGUCAUCCCCUCUCAUAAUGUUUCUAGCUCUGAGGAGUUCAAUCCACAAGAGACUGUAACAAAAGAAGAACCAGGUUCUGACACUCAAGCAGAGGAAUCACCAGUCGUAAUUGAAGAUACUGAAGAUGUAAAUAACAGUGCUGCUCUUUCUGAGAAGAUAGCUCCUGAAGAGCAUGUACUAGCAACUGAGACAACUGUUGAUACACCACCAGUUCAGGAGACAGAACUAGAAGAGAGACAAAAUAUUGAAUCUGUUGAAGCAGAAGAUAAUAUAGCAGCAAGUGGCCUUCCAGGAGAAGAGAUAGACACUGAAGCCAUAGAGAUUGAAUCAGUCCCUCAUGAGAGCACCACCACAAGCGUAAAGGAACUCAAUGAAGAUGUGAAAAGCAAUGUUGCUCUUGCUGAGGAGGCAGCUUCAGAAGAACAUAUACUAGAGACUGAAGUAACUGUUGAUAAAUCAUCAGCGCAGGAGCCAGAACUAGAGGAAAUCAAGAACACGGAGCCAGCUGAACAAGAACAUAAUAUAACAGAAACUGGCCUGCCAGAAGAAGAGAUGAAGGACAAUGAAGCCAUGGAAACUGAAACAGUCCCUCAUGAUAGCAAUAUUGAAAGCAUCAAGGAACUCAGAGAAGAUGAUAUCAUAACAGCAAGUGCACUGGAUGUUUAUACUCAACAAAUCCCAGAGCAAGAAUCAGUUGAAGACAUGAAGUGCACUGACACCACAGAACAUCCAGGAGAAACCCCAGAAAGCAUUGUGUCUACUUCUGACGAGCUUACUAAAACAGGAGAGAUCACAACAGUAAAGGAGGCGACUUUUGACACUCAACAAGCGCAGAGUUUCACAGAUCAAGAAACCGAUCUCAGUAGUUCCUCCAAUCCUGAAGAGGCAGUGCAAGAAAGUGACUUAGUCAAAAGUGAGCAGGAAACUGAUGUUCAGCAAGAGCAAGAACUGGACUCCACAGAAGAAACCAAAGGCACUGAAGAUUACCAGCAAAAUGGAGUUUCUACCUGUGAGGAGUCAGUGACUGAGGUUGAGCCAAACGUUGAUGAUCAGCAUGUGCAGGAGAAUAAAUCAGCGGUAGAAGUAAAAGAAAAUGAAGAUACAGAAACUGAAGAAAUAUCCAAGCAAAUUAAUUUUACCACUUCUGAGAAUGGAGCUCAAGAAAGCAGUGAACAAGAAGCCGACCAACCUUUUUAUGUCCAACCCGUACAGCAGCUUGAAUUAACCACAGAUAGCAAGGACAAUCAACUCGUAGAGGCAGAAGAAACAUCCAGCCAAAGCAACAUUGUCACCCCUGAAGAUCCAACUGCAGAAGAUAGAGUUGCAUAUGAAAUUGACCCAUCUGUUGAUAUUGAUCAAGGGCAUGAACUAGAAUUAGUGGAAGAAGUCAAGGAUACUGAUGCCAUUGAAGCUGAAGAAACCUCCCAUGCAGGCCAAGCAGUUUCUUCAGCGGAGAAAUUUUCAGAAAGCAAUCUAUCAGCUGUUGAGUUGACUCAUGGUAUUCAGCAAGUGCAUUACUUGGAGACUAUGGAAGAAAUGAAGGGCACUGAAGGCACUUGUGAUGAAGAAAUCUGCUAUGAACAGACAGCUACUUCAGAGGAUCCAUCUCCAACAGAUAAUGGAAAAUCACUACAAGAUUAUCAUGUAGAAUCAAAUGAAGAAAAUUUGGGUAAUGGAAUCGGCGAUGUAAUUUCAGUGCAUGAAAAGAUAGAAGAUAAUAUACAUGAGUCAGCAGAACUGAAGGAUGAAACAUCUGAAUUGGGUGAAAAAACUCAGAUCAGUGCGAACAGAAUUGAGGAAAAUGAUGAUCACAUUUCUACUGAAGAUACAGAAGAGACUUCCAACAAUACAAAUCUAGUCAAAGAAGGGCCAAAUGAACAUGGUUCAAGCCAGACAUCAAAUGUUCAAGAUAAUAAGCAACUUCAUGAUGUUGGACUUCAAACACAAGUUCGUGAAAGAUCAGUGGAUAUUGGGCAACAAGAUGAGGACAUGAAGAACGUUAACUUGGAUCAACAGCAGAAGGAAGAUGAAGAAAUUGAGAAGCAGAAGGAAGAUGAAGAAAUUGAGAAGCAAAAGGAAGAACUCCAGACAGAUGAACAGAAACAUGAUGACAAGAGGGUUGAUUUCAUCAUAGACACACAAGUGGAGUCCAUUGAUGCAUUUCAGGCUGAACAAACAGAUUCCGUGGUUACUGAAAUGCUCAAUGAUGAAGUAACUCAACAUGAACCCGAGGAUUCCAUCCCAAGAACUACAGAUGCGAUGGUUGAAAACAUUACGGAAAUAAAAGAAGAGACUGAAGAAGAGAAUGGACCAAAUAGUGGUGGCACCUUAGAGGUUUCUGCCAAAAACUAUAAUGAAGAUGUGCAUGAGAAUACAGAAAAGGAUGCAGUGGUAGAAAAAACUUCAAGUAGUGAACAUGAUGAAAUAGCUGGUGAAAUUAGAAAUGAAGAGGUUGAACCUUGUUUGGCAUCAUCUCUGGAGAGAGAUCUUCAAGUUGAUUCAGACCUUUCAAAUGACCAGAUGCUAGAGAAUAAUCCUAUAGCUGUUCCACAGAAUGAUGAAUACAUGUACAGAGCGGAGGAAGGAUACACAAACAAAGUCAACGUUGACAUGCAUGCCAUUCAAGAAUCAGAUAAAGUGAUUGAAGAUGCAGAAGAAAAACAAGGAAUGCAAAAUGAAGACAAUGUUGUUCACCAUGAUGAAUCUCUGGUCACAACUCAAAAGGAAGAGGCAUCCCAAGUGCAUACUGAUGAACAAUACAGUGCAGACACUAAAAUGGAUGAUACCGCAAUUUCUUAUGCAGAAAUGACACAUGAAAAUACAAGUACAGAGCCCAGAGAAGUUGAAGAUACAAAGGAAAAGAAAGGAUUCAAUGACUUUCCAGAAUUUGUUGUAGAAACAUCCAAACAGGAUGAUGUUGACCAAGACUUUAGCAUUCAUCACCAGGUUGAAGAUGAAAAGUCGGCAGAAACAGAGAACAAUAGCGCAGAAUCUGAAGCUGUGCAACCAAAACUUGAUAUAACGAUUGCUGAGACAAAUAAUGACAAUAAUUUGUCUACAAUCAAUCCCUUGCCUGAGCAUGAAACAGAAAAUGCCUCAGAUAUAAAUCAAAACAGACAAUAUCAGGAAGCAACCAAUGAAGAUGCUAUCGACAACAUUGAAACUGGUCGUGUCGAGAAAAUGGAGACAAGCUAUACUGCAACAACUGAAGUGGUCACACUCAAUGAAGAUAUCUGCGAUAAGGCUAGUGGAGCUGAUGGAGUACCACCUGAUGGAAGUCUUAAGACAUCUGAGGACAACCUUGAUGUUUCAUCUGUAGUUACAGAAUCAGAGGGAGAAAAUAUUAACAAGGAGACGGAAGAUCACAAGCUUGCUCUUCCUGUGCAUCCUACACAGGAUGAAAACACAACUGAGCAGGGAUUUGGUUUGGAAGAUACAGAAAAAGAGUCCAUGUCACCAGAGAAGGCACUGCCUGCUGAACCAGAGGAGCAAGAAGAGAAUCAAGUAACCAAAGAACAAGAUGAAGAAGACAGGCAUGAUGCAGAACUUGGUGAUGCACAUGAAGAAGAUCACAAAGAAGCUGAACAAGAUUAUUUGCCUGUCUCUAGUUUCCUGAUGAACCUAAUAUUGGGAAAAGACAAUGAUGAUCCAAAGAAAGAUUCAGAAACCGAGGUUGAAAAGGAGCAAGAAGAAACAACGAAGGAUGGAAGUUGUUUGAUCGCUUCUCAACAAGAAGAAAAUUUGGUGGCAUUUCCUAUAGAAAAAUCGGUGGAUGAAAAACUCACCUUUGAACAAGAAAAAGAAAAGGUAGAAGGCUCUGAAGAAACAAAAGAACCAGUAAAAGAACAGAGUUAUGAUGUCGAGAUGGACGUCCAAAAAUCAUUGGAAACUGAUGAAGAGCUCAAAAGGAACACUUGUGAUUUGGAAGCACCAGUAUACCAAGAUAAUGCCCAGGAUGAAAUUUCUAGCAAACUGAUAUCAGCCAAGGCAGCUGAUCCGAUCAAAAAAAUGGAAGCUAGAGACUUUGAAUUGGAUGAAGAGUCAUUUGAUACAGUUUGUCAGGAAAACGUGGAAGCAGCAACAGAAAUUGAAGACGGAAGCUUGAAUAGGGACCAAGAUGACAUAACAAGCCCAAAGGCUUCACAAGAGGAUGCUUUGGAGGAAGUAGGAACAGAACUUCCGCAUGAGUCUUUACAUGAAAAUAGACAUGGUGCAAAGGAUGAGCAAACACUCUCCUUGAUAGAACCCGAUACAGGCAACGCUGAAAAAUUGCCUAACGAGGCUGACAGUGUUCAAAGCCCUCCUUGCACAGAACAAGAAGAGUCCAUUGAAUCUUCCUAUGUUGAAGUGAGAAGUACUACUGAGGGUCAAGUGGAGAGUGAAGUAAUAGAAACGAAUGAGGAGGACCAGCAUACGACCGCAGGUGGACAUACUGAAGAACAGAUAGAAAAUUUACAUGAUGAUAAGUCGAAAGAAACAUGUUCUGAAGAAAUAUCUGAUGAGCAGGCACCUGAAAUAACUGAACCAGUUAGCCACACUGAUCGAAAUUUUGCUUAUGAAAAGGAAAUUCCUGCAAGUUCGACAUGCAUGGACAAGAAAGAGAGUAUGAUCUCAAACAAUGAAGUCAGCAACUUUGAAAAAGCCCUUGAGACACACUCAGAUAGUCCAAAUUUGCAUGUUAACCAAGAUAAGAAAGAUGAAACAGCUGAUAACCAAACUGUGGUGGACCAUAACACCGUGUUAGACAAGCUUGAAGAUUCUAAUCGGCAGGAGGAGCAGGAAACUGCUGCACAGAAGUUACCAAAAGAAACUGAAGGAAACCAGGAAUUUAUGGCAAUAACAGAGCCUGUGAUCAAAGAAGAGAAUGUACAUGAAACAGUUGAAGGUAACACUCAAGCAGUGAAGAUAAAAUCUAAUGAAGAGAAAGAACUUUUUGAUUCACAGGUUCAGGAACGUGGUCUCAAUGUGGUUUCACCCAAAGCAACUUCUGAGGCCGACGAAAAAUUUGUGGAGAUAACAAAGCCAGAAUUCAGCACAGAUGAAGAACAUAGUCCAAAGGCGGAUGAAUCAAAUAAGCCAGACGAGAAUACUUGUGAUGAGAAAACAAAGGCUGAAGAGGAAACUAAUAAUAUCACUGAUGAAGCAACAGUGAAAAUAGAAGAACGAGGAGCAGAACAGAAGGUAUCACAUAAAAAACAUAACAUUUUGUCUGGUGUUGGAUCAAAGGUGAAGCAUCAACUAGCAAAAGUGAAGAAAGCCAUCAUAGGUAAACCUGGGCACACAAAGUCUGAAUCACCAAAAUCAUAAAAUUGAUUCACCUUAGAGCAUGUAAUUCUUGUACAAUAUGUAUUUUUGUAAGGAAUUUAUGUGAGGUGUAGGAUAUUGCAAUGGGUUUAGUGAACCAUCUGUAAUUUUGUAUGAACGAUUCAUUCAAAGGUUGUGUUCUUAAGGACGCUUGUAAAUAUAGGCAGGCAGUGUGUAGUUCAAGUUUCCAUAAACUUUGUAAUUGUUUCACCAACUUGGUGUGAGGUGAACAACAUGUACAUGGCAUAUUGUUUUUGUUACUUCCUCAUUGAUAUGCAUGUGUUGUUUUGUGGUAA